AUUGCUCGUUACAUUUGUGGAUUAACUUGGUUGACACAUCCUCAAGCCGGCCUGGAGUUGGAAAUAUUAACUUACUGAAUUCCUCUAUAUUCUCUUCAGUUGUCAGUCUACUGCUCAAAAAUGAAGUCCAGUACUGGGGGUUUUGGGACCCAGUGGUUCCUUAAGAUGAGUUCUGACAAGCAGGAUACACUGCUGAAGAUGUCUGUUCUUACCAUCGCAGCCAUCCUGUCAUUCUCAACACGACUGUUCUCUGUGCUGCGGUUUGAGAGUGUUAUUCACGAGUUUGAUCCUUACUUCAACUACCGAACAACACGUUUCCUUACAGAGGAAGGGUUCUACAGUUUCCACAACUGGUUUGAUGACCGUGCAUGGUACCCACUGGGCCGUAUUAUUGGUGGAACCAUCUACCCAGGUCUGAUGUUGACGUCUGCUAUCCUGUACCAUCUUGCCUGGUUCCUGAACAUCACAAUUGAGAUCAGGAACGUGUGUGUGUUCCUGGCCCCUCUCUUCUCCAGUCUCACUGUGCUUGUAACCUACCAGUUUACCAAGGAACUCAAGGAUGCAGGUGCUGGUCUUAUUGCUGCUGCCAUGAUUGCGAUUGUCCCAGGCUACAUCUCACGUUCCGUCGCAGGCUCAUACGAUAACGAGGGUAUCGCCAUCUUCUGCAUGCUGCUGACCUACAUGCUCUGGAUCAAGGCCGUUAAGACUGGCUCCGUAUUCUGGGCUUCUCUCUGCUCCCUGGCUUACUUUUACAUGGUGUCGUCAUGGGGAGGCUAUGUUUUCCUCAUCAACCUGAUACCCCUCCACGUCCUGGCUCUCAUGAUGACCGGCCGAUUCUCUCACAGGAUAUACGUUGCCUAUUCAACUGUGUAUGCGCUGGGAACCAUCCUGUCCAUGCAGAUCUCCUUUGUCGGUUUCCAGCCUGUCCAGUCCAGUGAACACAUGGCUGCCCUGGGAGUGUUUGGACUGUGCCAAAUCCACACUUUUAUCGACUAUGUCCGCUCCAAGCUCACCAGAGAUCAGUUCAACCUUCUCUUCAGGAGCAUUGUGCUUCUGGUCGGCUCCGUUGGAACCAUCUCUGUCGCAAUAGCAACCGCUCUUGGCAAAAUCUCACCCUGGACCGGACGUUUCUAUUCCCUCUUGGACCCCUCAUACGCCAAGAACAACAUCCCAAUUAUUGCAUCAGUAUCAGAACAUCAGCCGACCACGUGGUCAUCAUUCUACUUCGAUCUGCAAAUGCUUGUAUUCAUGUUCCCAGCUGGCCUGUACUUCUGCUUUAAGAAGCUGACCGAUGCCAACAUCUUCAUCAUCAUGUAUGGAGUGACCAGCAUAUACUUUGCUGGUGUGAUGGUGCGUCUGAUGUUGGUCCUAGCACCUGUCAUGUGUAUCCUCUCGGCUAUCGGAGUGUCUGGCAUACUGUCAACGUACAUGAAGAACAUCGACAACCCGGCCAAGAAAGACAAGAAACCCAAGAAAGCUGACCUCUCAUAUCCUCUUAAACAUGAGAUCGCUACUGGUGUUGUGUUCAUGAUAACUGCCUUCCUGAUCACCUACACUUUCCACUGCACCUGGGUCACCUCUGAAGCCUACUCUUCCCCGUCAAUUGUUCUCUCGGCCCGCGGUGGGGACGGAGGCAGGAUCAUCUUUGACGAUUUCCGUGAGGCGUACUACUGGCUCAGACAUAACACUCCUGAGGAUGCUAAGGUGAUGUCGUGGUGGGAUUACGGUUACCAGAUAACAGCUAUGGCCAAUAGGACAAUUCUCGUGGACAACAACACCUGGAAUAACACACAUAUCUCCCGCGUGGGACAGGCCAUGUCAUCAACAGAAGAUAAAGCGUAUGAAAUUAUGCGAGAACUUGACGUAAAUUAUGUCUUGGUCAUUUUUGGCGGCCUUACUGGAUAUUCCUCAGAUGAUAUCAACAAGUUCCUGUGGAUGGUGCGUAUUGGUGGAUCCACAGAUCGCGGAGCUCACAUAAAGGAGUCUGACUAUUACACGCCCCAGGGUGAAUUCCGUGUCGACAAAGAUGGGUCCCCAACGCUGCUCAACUGCCUUAUGUAUAAGAUGUGCUACUACAGAUUCGGGCAGGUCUACACUGAGCAGAGCAAGCCCACCGGUUACGACAGAGUAAGGAAUGCUGAGAUCGGCAACAAAGAUUUUGAGCUCGAUGUUUUAGAAGAGGCCUACACCACAGAACAUUGGCUCGUUAGAAUAUACAAGGUCAAAGAUCUGGACAAUCGUGGACUGUAGACUAUGAAGUUUUAAUUAUCUAGAAUAGUACAUAGUUAUAAACAAUUAGGAUGUUUUCAGGGGUAAUAAGAAAUUUAGUGACACUUUUUCAAAUUUUGUUGAAAAUGUUUUGAAUUUAUAGAAAUUUAUAGUGAUAAUAAUGCAUUUUAAAGGCAAACAUAUGAAGCUGGUGCCUGUUUAAAUAAAGAUUUUAGUCAUUAUGUGCAAAUAUCUUAGGGUCAUAUAUCUGUUAUUUUGAUAUUUUGUAAAAACUGAGCUUAAGCCAAUAUUACAGACAAGAACACAGUUGAAAAAAUGGAGAGAAAAACGACUUAUUGUAAAAUGCAAUGUUCCUACCGAUUUGAAAGUUUUGAAGUUAUGACUUAAACUUUUUUAUUGAAAUGGUGCUCAGCUGUUCAACUUGAAGAAUAUCAUUGUCAUGAAUUGUGUUAGUUAUAUUAAAUGAAUUGUCAUAUAAAUAAUUUCAUUUUUUGAGUGAAAAGUGUAUUUAACUGUUUGUCACUAGUGUGAAUGUGUUAUAAAAAGUGGCAUUGUGAAAAUUAUGUUAUUAAUGAAUUUUGUAUACAACAUUGACAGGAUAAUAAUAAAAUCAUAUCACUUACUGAAUACUUGAAUGCUUACAGUUUGUAUUUUACUUUGUCAGUUAAGUAUGUGCCAAACAUAAAGAUGACUGUAUCUCGAUAUGACCAAGGAAUGUUAUAAUGUAAAUGAUUUACAAGGCUAAAUAUGAACCGCAUAAAGCAAAAAUGAGCCUUCACACAAGAAAAGCUAUAACAUCGUACGGUAUUGUCAGAAAAAUUAUGACAUCAUACAGUAUUGGUAUUUGUAUUUCAUGCCUAUGUUUAGGGCAAGAAACAGAUCUAUCUGUUGCAGUUCAUGCAUUGUUGACUUACAAAAAGAAUGUUUAAAAUUUAUUUGUCACAAUACAAUACAUAACCAAUGACUUAAAACACAUGACAAAGAAUAUCAUAUGCAUACAUAUUUUACCCAUUGAAAAAAAUAAAACAUGAAAAAAGUA